CCUCCCCUUUUCGAGUUUUAGCUGUGUAGAACCUGAACCGCAAGGCAGAGAAGCUCCAUUGUAUCACUGCACUGUUUGCCUCAACGAAAUGGUCAUGUGUACCACCUUAACAGUAUUUCUGCUGCUAGUAUUGCACGUUUUUGGUCAAGAACAAAUCCAGUCGGAGUGUUACGAGGCAAAUGGAAUUGCUGUUCAUUGUGAGCCACCCACACAAUCGUUUUCUUUCAACCAAGUUCCAGAAGUGAACAGCACAUGUGGAUUUCCUCCUACUGAAUUUUGUACAAGACAAUACAGCCUGAUACUUAGGGAAGUCACUAGUGACUGCUCUGCUAUAUGUGAUGCAGACAGUUCCGUUAACUCUCACCCUCCAAGUUUAAUUACUGAUUUUCUUCUGAAUGAAGAGAGUUGGUGGCAAUCUGAGAAUACUUUUGACACACAGAAUGUUGUAGUAAUCGAACUUUCUCUACAAACUCUUGUACAGGUUGAAGUAAUAAGAUUCAACUUUGCUUCAUUCAUGCCAAACAGCUUUUACAUUCUGAAAUCUGAUGAUUAUGGCCAAACGUAUACUCCCUAUCAUUACUUCGCUGUUUCUUGUGUUGACACAUUUGGUCUCGAGUCGAAUCAGAUGCUUGAUAUAGCCAAUGAAACAACUGUUUUGUGUCAGAGUAUUAAUCUUCCUCCAGCCCCUGGAGCAAAGAGUUUCUUUCCCCGACUUGGUCGACCAUCUGCUAAUGACUCUAUUCCUGGUUAUAGCAGCAUGCUGUUUGAUUUUCUCACUGCUACCAACAUCAGAGUGGUGCUCGCUGAACACUUUCCAAUCCCGGACUUGGCACCGGAUGACUUUGGCUACUACUAUGCAAUCAAUGAUUUGAAUGUUGUUGGAAGCUGUCAGUGCAAUGGGCAUGCGUCUGCCUGUACAAGAAGCCCCACUACACAUGAGUAUGAAUGUGUUUGUCAACAUAAUACCGCUGGACAAUUUUGUGAACGUUGCGCAGAUUUUUAUCAAGAUAGGCCAUGGCACAGGGCAAAUGGAAAUGGAGAGAUUGAAUGCCAAAUGUGUAGCUGCAAUGGCCACUCAACAAUAUGUGUGUUUGACUCGGACGUGUACUCUCAGUCUGGGGAAACAAGUGGGGGUGUGUGCAUCAAUUGCCAGGACAACACUGCUGGAAGACAAUGUGAUCAAUGUGCUACUUCCCACUAUCAGAUACCAGGUCUCGAUAUCAGUGAUGUCAAUGCCUGCCAACCGUGCAACUGCAAUCUUGCUGGAGUGACAGAUGAUGGUGAGUGUACCCGAGGAGCAAACCAGGGUGUUGAAGUCAGGCAGUGCUUUUGUAAAUCUCAAGUGAUUGGACAAGCGUGUGAACAAUGCAUGUCUGGUUUCUAUAACUUGACUAUUGAAAACCCAGAUGGCUGUCAAGAAUGUAACUGUAACUCCACUGGAUCCCUAAGCACAGAAUGCAAUCCUGUAAACGGUGUGUGUCAGUGUAAACAAAACAUUGUUGGUGAUAAAUGCGACCAAUGCCUACCCAACUUUUAUCAACCUAUCCCAAUAACCUCCGAAGGUUGUCUGCCUUGCAAUUGCAACUCGGGUGGUUCGAUUAACUCCCAGUGUGACAUGAUUACUGGACAGUGUGUUUGUAGACAGGGUAUCCAAGGAAGGACAUGUUCAGAAACUAUUAACGGGUACUUCUAUCCCUCUAUCGAUUAUCUCCGUCUGGAGGCUGAAAAAUAUAGCUCUAAUCGAAUUAUUGAAACCAGUGGAGAAAAUGAACGAUUUACGGGCACUGGUUAUGCUCGUGUCACUAGUACUUCCGAUAGGCUAGAGUUGGGAUAUUUGACUGCCCCAGUAAGUGGGCUGUACAUCAUUUACAUCAGGUACAACCUUCAAGGAAUAACCAUGUGGGAUAGUGUUACACUGUCAAUUACACCCAACCCAAAUGUUGGGAGAGACUCUUUCAGCUGUAGUGAGAGUAUCGAGGAGAUAACUACAAAUACAUCGAUCAUUUACUCUUCGUGGCCAAUGGGGAGUGGUGUAACCAACUCUGUUGCUGUUUGCCUACGUGCAGGACAAAGCUAUAACUAUAGUCUCCAUGAUUUUUCAUCAGGGUUAUCUGGCAGCCCCGGCAUGUUCGACAUUGACUCCCUUUUUAUAGUCCCGAUAAUGGCUGCAGGUCUCCCCAUAUUUGAUCAUACUCAACUUGUUUCCGAUUACAUGGACUGCAUUAAUGAGUACAGUCAUAUCAUUACUCGGUCCUCAGCCAAUCCGUCAUGUGCCUUGACAAUAUUCACCAUAUCAGUAGCUGUGUACAAUGGAGCAUUGGAGUGCAGCUGUGAUGAGACUGGCAGCCAACGUGGCACUACUUGUCAGGCUUUUGGAGGGAAAUGCUUCUGUUUGCCGGGAGUGAGGGGGCGUCAAUGUGAUCAGUGCAUUCCCAGCUAUUACAACCUUAACACCAGUGGCUGUUCAAGAUGUGACUGUGAUGUUGAUGGUUCCAUUAGCCCUUAUUGUGAUUCUACUAGCGGUGUGUGUCAGUGCAUAGAGAACACUGUUGGAAGAGAUUGCUCGUCAUGUGCUGAAGGAUUCCGAAACCUUGGAGAUCUACAGUGUUUCUCGUGCAACUGUAGUCUUAUUGGAGCUGUGAAUACCAAUUGUGAUGAUACAUCUGGUGUGUGUGAAUGCAAGCCUGGUGUAACCGGGGCAACUUGUGACCGGUGUGCACAAUUUUACUACGGCUUUCAGGAGUCCGGUUGCAGGUCAUGUGACUGUAAUGCUACUGGAUCGUUUGGUAAAAGCUGUGAUCUCGUUACUGGUCAGUGCGAAUGUGUUAUGAAUGUUACGGAUCGUGACUGUUCUUUGUGUCAAUUCGGAACUUUCAACUUGCAAGAGAGCAACCCCAACGGUUGUCAGAGUUGUUUCUGUGCUGGCCUCACCUCACGGUGUUCCGCAGCCGACGGUUUUGUACGAUCUUCAGUGUCUACCUUGUUUAAUUCUUCAGCAGUCGUUCCACUAGAUGGUUGGCAGCUAGUCACUGCCAAUGAAAAUGACACAAUUGAGGUGAUGCAAGGGGAUGCUGGAAUUGUUAUCCCUGGCAAUUUGGAAGGUAAACUUUUAGCACCUAACCAAUUUCUUGGAAAUAAACUUAGCUCUUACAGUCAAUACCUGCACGUUGGCAUGGCAGCUGUGGCAGAAAAUUACUCUGUAGACCCUUAUGACGUAGUACUUGUGCGUGAGAACAUUCAACUUGGUGCAUUAUUAAUGGAAAUUGACGAUGGAUUGUUUUCUGUUCAGUUUCACGAAACUGCUGGAUGGCUGCAUUUAGUUACCUCAACUCCCGCUUCUCUAUCCGAUCUUCAAUAUGUGCUAUUUUCACUAAACAGUCUGUACAUUUCGGUAAAUUUCAACACUGAAGUGUUAUUGUCUCAAAUUAGAUUGGAUACAGCUGUUAGAUCAUCUGGUCUUGGUGAACAAGUUUCUUGGGUUGAGGAGUGUGAAUGUCCUCUGGGCUAUGCCGGACUCUCUUGUGAGCGAUGUGCACAAGGCUAUACAAAAACAGCACAGAGUACAUGUGAGCCUUGUGAGUGUAAUGGAUUCUCAAACAACUGCGACCCUGGAAAUGGUGUGUGCAUGAAUUGUUCCCAAGCAACAGAAGGGCCCGCCUGUGGAAGUUGCCAGCAAGGGUUCUUUGGUGAUCCAAUCAGAAAUAUUAGCUGUAAACCUUGCCCUUGCCCUCUGUCUCAACCAGGUGGCCAGUUUUCAGAUGAGUGUGUCCUCCUCCCAAACGGUGAAGCAAUGUGCACUAAUUGCCCCAGUGGGCAUGUCGGGCAAAACUGUGAAUUUUGUAGAACUGGUUACUUUGGAGAUCCUACUGGACUCUUGACUGGACAACCUUCCUUGUGCACGGAUUGCUUGUGCAACAACAACAUCAACCUAGAUGACCCACUUAGUUGUAACACUACUACGGGUUCCUGUACUCGUUGUCUUGGGAGUACCGCGGGUGAUCAGUGUGAACGAUGUGCAGAUGGAUUCUAUGGUGACGCUGUAACAUCGAAGAACUGUACUGACUGUGACUGUGAGCUCAGUGGUUCUGAGAGUAGUGUCUGUAAUAUGGAGCUUGGGCAGUGUGCUUGUCUACCCAAUGUGAUUGGACGGAGCUGUGACCGCUGCACUCUAGGCUAUUUCGGGUUUGGCCAGGAAUCUGGGUGUCUUCCGUGCAACUGUAAUACUAUUGGAUCAGUUAGCUCUCAAUGUGAUGACAACAGACAGUGUACUUGUCUCCCUGGGGUUACUGGAGAUAAUUGUGACCAGUGUCUUCAAGGGUACUUCAAUUUCACAACUGUCGGAUGCCAAGAAUGUUCCUGCUCUCAAUUCAACUCCCAGUCAGUAUUUUGUGAAGCAGAUGGUGUCUGUAUAUGCCUGCCUGGAUCUACUGGCUCUGAUUGUAGAGAUUGUGUUACGAAUUAUUUUCAAACCAGUCAAAGAUGCAGAGCAUGUCCCAGUUGCUAUCAAGAAAUCGAAGAUAACGCAGUGGAUGCUGAAGCUCGGUAUUUUAUCGCACAAAACAGACUCACCAAACUCCAAGAUAUGCUAACUGCUUUGGGCCUUGGGCCCUUCAACCCUCGAUUAGCAGGCAAGCAACAAGUGGUUAAUAAUAUUGUAUCAGUUAUUGAUGCUCUCAGUGUCAGAGAGACAAAUUUAACUACUAGAUUCAAUACCCUUGUACGUGUGGCAGUGGAAGUUCUUCAGUCACAGAGCACGUCGAUACAGUUUUCUUUGGAGACGCUAAAAAGCACUUCCACUACAGUUUUAGUUCUUGGUUCCACAUCUAAUGAGUUACUUGAUCGUAUCAUUAAUGAGUUCUUCUCGGCGAAUUCAUUUUUAGACAUUAUUCAAAAUGAACUGCUUCCGUUUAUCCAAAUGUCAUCUUACCGUAUUCAAGCUAGUCUUAAUAGUAGUCUAAAUGUCUCCCAGGCUGUAGCUAAAUCAGUGCAGUUUGUUUCUGGUCAAGUUGCCGAAAUUCAGAAUAACUUAAUCCAAAUUGCAACGUUCCUAGCAAAUGCUCGGCAAGAAGCUGGUAGCAUAUUUCAUCUGUUUAGCAACACCUCGGCAUCGAUAAAUGAUUCGUACGAAAUGCUCGAUGCAGCAGCUGUUGAUAUCAAUCGCAUUGUUUCAAUGGUAAACAACCUCACAUCAAAUUUACAAAUACUUCAAGACCAAUUACUUUUGCUUCAGAGUGUACCAGAUUGUCCACCUGAAGAAAUUCUACGAAAGUUAAUCUCUCUUUCACAUGCAACAGAAACUGACGUUAACACUGACAUCUCAAUCGAAAUUUCUAACCAGCAUCAGCAACUGUAUGCACUUAAUCAAACAUUGGCUAGAGAAUUAAGUAGCUUCCAAGUUGUACAAGCUCGAUUAGCAGUCGAUGAAAGCCGUGUGUUUGGUCAGAGUAACAGAGCCCAAGAUCUUCCAAAUAAAGCGUACGAGACAGCUGAUUCCGUUGCCGAACAGAUAGAAUUAGCUGAAACUAUUCUGCGAAACUUGCUGGACUUUAACAAUAAUUCGUUGCAAAUCUCACUUCAGGCUAAUAUGGCAUUGCAGCAUGUGACCAGUAUAAACGAAAGUGCUGCUCUCAUACUGAGUGAAGCGGAACUGUUCCAAAAACAACUUUCUGAACUAACGGGCCGAGUAAAUACAACAAAAGCACACAUUUCAAAGGCUUUUGAUCUUGUUUCUUCAGCUAAGCAAGAUGUAAUGUCUCUCACGGCAUCACCACUCGUAGAAUUUGAAGCUUCAAACAUCAUAGAAGCAAAGUCAACUGUCAAUGCAGUAAGGGAUUUAUCAAGUGAUGUGCAGAGCAUCCACAGUAUGACUAACGAUGUGCUCAGUGAUAUAGAUGAUCUUGCAGAAAGUGUAGCCAAUAUUGAAACUGGACUCAACACAACAUUGGCUGCAUCUGGUACAGCACAAUCUGCAGUUAAUAUGUUGCAGGGUGCAUUCGACCAAUUGGAACUGUCAGACCCCAAAGCUAUUGAUAGUCUUGAGGUACUUCUUAGUAAUGUAUUAGCUGAGUUUGCGUUGGCUAAUGUUGAAGAAGUCGAUUUGUUUCUUCGCAAUAAAAUUGAAGAGCAACGUCAAAAACGAACGGAAUUAGAAGCCAAGAUCAUUACCGUACAAGAACAGGUAGAUUAUUUACAAGAAGUGCAAUCUAACCUACCGAUGGAGUGUGUUAGGUGAUAUGUAUGCUUUGUACAAAACAGUUUUUUAGAACAAAAUGAACAGUAGUUAAUGGACUGUUUACUUGUUGCUAUUUCAUGCACUGCAUUCUUGGCAUAGCAAUUUAUACACCUCUUAUUAUGCACUUGUCAAA